ACUAGUUCUCUUUCUCCCUCCUUAUCUCCGAUUUUUUGUCUUUUUAAUUUUGUUUUCGCAGACCCCUCAAAUCUCAAACCCUAACCCUAGUUUGGUUUUCGAGCUCAAGAGGAGGAAAUGGGAGAAGCAAGGGACAAUGAUGCAUACGAGGAAGAGCUUCUCGACUACGAAGAAGAAGAUGAAAAAGCCCCCGACUCCGUUGCUUCCAAAGCCGCAGGCGAAUCCGCCAAGAAGGGCUAUGUUGGAAUUCACAGUUCAGGAUUCAGAGACUUCUUGUUAAAGCCAGAGCUUCUACGAUCAAUUGUAGAUUCAGGAUUUGAGCAUCCUUCAGAAGUGCAACAUGAGUGCAUCCCUCAAGCUAUCUUAGGAAUGGAUGUCAUCUGUCAAGCGAAAUCUGGGAUGGGAAAAACAGCUGUCUUUGUUCUCUCAACUCUGCAGCAAAUUGAGCCUGUUGCAGGACAAGUUGCUGCACUAGUUCUUUGUCAUACUAGAGAAUUAGCUUACCAGAUCUGUCAUGAAUUCGAGAGAUUCAGCACCUAUUUGCCUGAUAUUAAGGUGGCUGUCUUCUAUGGUGGUGUCAGUAUCAAGACUCACAAGGAUUUGCUGAAAAAUGAAUGUCCCCAUAUUGUUGUUGGAACACCUGGGAGAAUAUUGGCUCUUGCAAGGGAUAAAGAACUUGGGUUAAAACAUGUGAGGCAUUUUAUCCUUGAUGAAUGUGACAAGAUGCUUGAAUCACUUGACAUGAGGAGAGAUGUGCAGGAGAUCUUCAAGAUGACACCUCAUGAUAAGCAAGUUAUGAUGUUUUCAGCUACACUCAGCAAAGAGAUUCGGCCUGUUUGCAAGAAGUUUAUGCAGGAUCCAAUGGAAAUUUAUGUGGAUGAUGAGGCCAAAUUGACACUCCAUGGUCUUGUCCAGCACUAUAUUAAAUUGAGUGAGCUGGAGAAGAACCGGAAGCUGAAUGACCUCCUUGAUGCCUUGGACUUCAACCAAGUUGUCAUUUUUGUUAAAAGUGUGACCAGAGCAGCAGAGCUGAACAAGUUGCUGAUGGAGUGCAAUUUCCCUUCUAUCUGCAUUCAUUCUGGGAUGCCUCAGGAAGAAAGGUUAACACGCUACAAGAAUUUCAAGGAGGGGCACAAAAGAAUCCUUGUGGCAACAGAUUUAGUUGGCAGAGGAAUUGAUAUUGAGCGAGUUAACAUUGUUAUAAACUAUGACAUGCCAGACUCUGCUGACACCUACCUUCACAGGGUUGGUAGGGCUGGUAGGUUUGGAACCAAAGGGCUUGCAAUAACAUUUGUCUCAUCUGCAUCCGACUCUGAUGUUCUUAAUCAGGUUCAGGAGAGGUUUGAGGUGGAUAUAAAGGAACUUCCUGAGCAAAUUGAUACUUCAACAUACAUGCCAUCAUGAUGGGAGUUCUUUGCUGGCAUGGAAGCUAUUCACAUGAGGCACUUAGUAUUGAUUUAAUUUAUGCCAGUGUUUCUAUGUAGAAUAUUGAAGUCCACAGUGAGAGCAUAACAGGGAUCCUCCUUUUGCUUAGGACUCUUGAUUUUCCAAGAACUGGAUGAGGCGUUAGAGAGCUUGAAAACUAGGCCUAGUUGAAUCAUCUCUAUGAUUAUAUGGUGUUAUAAUACCUGGUUAUUAUUUCGGUAGACAUUUUGAGAGUUAAAUUUUAGUAGUAUUCUAUAUUAUUUUAUUUUCCCCCUA